UCAUUGAUACACUUGUUCCAAAUUCGUCCAUGAUGUUGAAAAGCAUAACACUUCUGCUCCUGCUUUCAUCCACCCAAGGAUGGUGGCUAAUAAAACCAAAGAAAGUUUGUUACACACACAUAGGGUGUUUCAGCAACGCCAAGCCGUUCAACAAUGCCCAUGGAACCUUGCCCCAGUCUCCGAGUAAGAUUGAGACUACAUUCAGCCUGUACACCAGACAGAACAAAGAUACUGCCCAGAUCCUGGAUCCAUAUAAUACAAACACCCUCUCCAAUUCCAGCUUUGAUUCAAAUCUACCGACUAUUUUUAUCACCCAUGGAUACAAAGACACGGCCAAAUCUGGUUGGCCACUGCAAAUGAAAGACGCUUUUCUAGAAAAGGGAGACAUGAAUGUGAUAGCUGUUGACUGGUCAAAGGGCACCAAAAAAAGAAUUUAUCGUCAGUCUGCCGCCAAUACUCGAGUGGUUGGGGCCACCAUUGGGAACAUGAUAAAGGCUCUACGAGACAAUUUCAGCUUACCUCUGGGACAGGUCCAUCUUGUUGGUCACAGUCUCGGUGCCCAAAUCAUGGGGUACGCCGGAGACUGGGUACAGGGGGUUGGCAGAAUCACGGGACUAGAUCCAGCUGGCUUAUAUUUUGAAAAAUUUGACACCAAAGUUAAACUGGAUCCCUCCGACGCCCUUUUUGUUGACGUCAUCCACACCGAUGGGGCCUCUCUGAUGGAACUGGCUUUUGGAAUCAGGACACCGAAUGGACAUGUUGAUUUCUAUCCAAACGGGGGCACAAGACAACCUGGAUGCAAGCGCGAUCUGUGGACCAAUAUCGUGAACUUCUUCAAGGGAAAGUUUGGAUGGAUUUCUGCAAACAUAUCCUGCAGCCACAUGAGGGCGAUAUUCUACUUCAUCGAGUCAAUCAUAUCCUCUUGUGAAUUUAAGGCGUUCCCAUGUACAUCGUAUUGGAACUUCUAUCGUGGAAGUUGCAUAUCAUGUGCAAAUGGCUGCAAUAGAAUGGGUUACCAUGUCGAUAAGAGUGUUCAUGGUAAAUUUUACCUCCAAACAAAUGCCGCUCCUCCCUUCUGCAAAAGGCACUGAGACUGCAGUUCGACAUAUCUGCUUUUCAUUUUCCCAUGUUUCAUGGGUUUUUGUUUAGAUGGAUAAAAUAAAAUACAUUUAUAAAAAUAUGA